GUAAGGAACUCUGCCCUUCGACGGCCUUCCAAACGCGGAAAGACGAGUGAGCCUGUAGACGAGUGUGAAAAUGAAAUGCCUUCACCAAGUUGUGGCUUGAGGGUUUCCACAAAAACGCAAAGAGAGAAGGGGUGCUCCUGGAGGUGUGCCCAGCCUUACACCUUCUACAGCGAACCGUUGUAUCUAGUGAAUAUACCGCGCAGCAACACCAAACCGUCACUGUACAAGAGAAUUUAACCGUGUAGACUUGGUCUUUUUGCGGCAAAAGCGUAGCCCUACGGUGAUCAUGGUCGGAUCUUACUGUACUAUGUGAUUAGCUAACGUGCCUGGCACCGGGCGUCCCUUCUUGGUGCACCAGGUCGACUUCGUGUUUCCUCGAGUUCGUCGCUAUCUAAACGCGUGCGUACUGUCUUCGUUGAAUCUCUGAGCCCACUGCAGAACGGCGGUGGUGGGUAAUAUAAUAGAGGAGAGUUUAUGGCGUUGAUUUAAAAGAACAGCUAGAGAUUCUCUUUCUCUGUCGGUCCGUAAUAGGACACAGUCCUGUUGCCGCGUCUAAGCUGUAUAUAGCACCGCACAGCGGCGGCGCACCUAAACGGUUGAAAGAGCUGGUGGUCCUACGAAAGGGCGUCUGUCUGCACAGCAGACUCUGUUGGCGGAAAUGCGCCGAAGUUGGCGUGGAGAUUUGCGAUUUGAGGUUUUUCUGUGGAAAGACUGGCAGCGUUUUUGCAGCAGACGGAGAUGUUGUGCGAGAGCACGGCGCUUCGGUGUCGAAGAGAGGCGCGGUCGCUUCGCCUUCCUAGCCACAGCACCCACGGUCUCUCGGCGCGCGGCACUACACCCCCUUUUUGCAGAAUACACGCGGAUGGGACAGGACAAGGACGGGCGCCGCUGGGGUGGCUCGGACUGAUGUUGCGUGUCAGGAAAUAGUGCGACGCACUCCGGAGGGUGGCACAGGUCUGCGACAACUUUUCUGAAUGCGUGCUGCACUUUAAAAGUUCGUUUUUCAAAAGCGCAAGUUUCGCAGUGUUUUCCAGUCCCCCGUCGCGGGUGUGGAACGGUAGAAUUCGACUCGCUUUCGUGCGACUCCUGGCGUCUUUGUGCAGAGCCGACCUCUCGGCAGAAGCCACCCUUGAGAGUUCUUUCUCUUUCUCACACACUCACAAUGGACGGAGCUGGCAAAGUAGGCGGAAAGGUUGGAGGAAAAGUGGGUGGAAAGGUCGGUGGUAUGGGAAAGGGAGGCAAGGGAAAGAGUGGAAGCGGCAAAGGCAAGAAGGCUCCUCUUUCUCGCGCUGCCAGAGCCGGUUUGCAGUUCCCCGUCGGACGCGUUCACCGUAUGCUCAAGAGCCGCAUCAGCUCUGAAGGUCGUGUCGGCUCGACUGCGGCUGUCUACGCAUCGGCUAUUCUCGAGUACCUCACCGCCGAAGUUCUCGAGUUGGCGGGAAACGCCAGCAAGGAUCUCAAAGUGAAAAGAAUUACUCCCCGUCACUUGCAACUUGCCAUUAGAGGUGACGAAGAGUUGGAUACUCUGAUCAAGGCCACUAUUGCCGGUGGUGGUGUCAUCCCGCACAUCCACAAGUCGCUGAUGACAAAGGGACCGUCCACUCAGCCGAUGAAGAAGGCCAAAAAAUAAGGGAAUUUCUUUUGCUGACGCCACUUUCCACGAGAAGUCGCUCGCCAGUUUUCUUGUCAUGCAUGCUGUGUACAACGUGGUAGAUACUCGCUGGUACGUCGAUCUUUGGGGGGUCUGGAGGGACAAACAUGGGAGGGGAAAGUGCCUCUCUCUCUUCUGUCGUUCACAGAUCAGAGAACGUCUCAGGGGUCAGGUGCGUGUUUUUUCCCAUGCUCUUACCCAAGCAUGUUGGCGUUGGAUGUAAAAAGUCGGGAACCUGGCAACUCUUGGUAUUGUCGGGGGCGGGGACCUACGAAAGCCACCGGUGUGUCGAACAGUAAAGAGGGUUUACAUCGUCUUCUCGAGCUUCUGUGGUCUUGCAUUGCCUUUUCAGUAGUGCUAAAGCCAUGUCGGAGGGAAAUAUCUAUGCGCUGCAACUCUGUUGGCCUCACACAAUUUAGCCCGCUUGUGGGCGUUUGUCUACUGUGGUCUCACACAGACACACUGUUCGCGUUGGCGUGACUGCAGUAAGAACGAGAUUCUUACGUUGCACACGGCUGGGUAUAACAGCUGUUCUUUCAAACCUAGUCUGGUCCCUACCAGCCACGCUGGACAUUCCUUGCUUCCUCUGUUCUGGGCUGUCCUCGGUACUGCCUGUCACCGCGUAUCAGCUUAGGUGGGCACAAUCAGCUGUUUUUCGGUUUGUGUCUAUGGCUGGCAGCAGUAACCAAUAAGUUUAGCUGAUGCACUGAAAGGUAGUCAUUUGAGAGAAACCAAGGGGAAACGGACAGACGGACCUUGCAAAUCUACCAAGAGAAUGGAAAUUGUAGCGCGGUCCAUUCCAGUAGCGGCCGUGUUCGACUGAGAGACUUUUGUCAUAACAACGCAUUUUGUUCCCGGUAUUGACAGGGAAAAGUGACCAUCGCCAGAAUGAGCUCUCUGGUCCACAAGGUCCUACACAUAAAACAGUACUGCUGGAACCCCGAAACAGCUGCCAAGUGAAUGUCUCUUUCCGUUGAGCCACACACGUUCUGGGCUUUGAGGCACAAAACGUCUAGUGUGCCGUUGCUAGUCCUUUUAAGGUGGACACCCCAUAAACGACUUCAAGAACAAUCACGCAUCAUGUUGUUUCGGACAUGUAGUGGACCGCGUGUGUGAUCUGUGGUCCCCAGUCUUUUGACUUUUGCGGUGACUUUGUUUUCGCUGAUUUCCAAACCUGCUCACCAGAGUUCCGCUUGAAACCGGUCUGUGGCCUCGCCAAGUGGACAAGUCGUGAGAGACAGGUGCAGCAGUCUUGACGUCCUCCAUUUUGAGCAGAAACGCGUUUUCCCCAUGGUGGAAGUCACCCCUAUUGUGUGUCAUGACAGGGACGUCGGGACAGCUCCGCUGCAUGACUGGCGACCCCUUUAGGAACGCCACUGAACUUCCUGCCAGCAUCGUAGUGGGGCAGGUUUCUUCAUUCGACAGUCGACACGCACCCUGCUCAAUCUAGAAUCAGACUUGUGUUGACAUGGAGGUUUUGGGCAAGGAAACUGUUCUGUGUAGUGCCUUGCAGGAGGCUUGGGAGCCAGGCUUCAGACACAAAGUGUUCCUGUCCGGCUGUGCCUUCGAGUCCACGUUCUUUUGAAGACUCAAAGGGGCUUGGAGGUGUUGAGAGGGGCUGCAGUCUGGCUUUUUCGCGAAAUGGCCAGCCAUGUUGGUGCGCCACCCUAGGCAAGCGGUUGCAUCGAAUGUUCAAUUCAUUUGCGAAUUUCGUAGAGCUGGUGACGGUUAUUACCAAGCCGUGCCCAACAUCCUUGCAUAUUGUGCAUACUGCCUGGUACUUCUCCAUUCCUGUCCAUAAAAAUACAAAAUCUACAACGUCGCCUCAGGCACCCGUAGUCGAUCUGUGUUGCGUGCUUCCAGCAACGAUCUGGUGUCCUUUGGCUUGCUCCAAGCCAGCAAGCAGCACCUUUUUCACAUGGAGACGGAUUGCUGAUGACAGGAACUCGUAUGAGGGAGUCCACAAAGCAAAGUAGUGAAAAGAGACGAACUGGCAGUGACACUAAUGGCUUUCUACGUAGCCCCACAUGCCAAUGGUAGGGGUUCAAGAUGGUACAUGGAGUAUUUGCCUACCCAUGUCACAGGGCCACCAACUCGUCGCAACGCCGUCAUCCUCUGCAGUACACCGGCACUCGUGUCUGAGACCCGCCAGAGACACGAGCAAAUUUUUUAGUGGAAUAGGGUGUCAAAAACAUGUUGCAGCAAUACGCCACCAUGCACCAGCGUAUUCCACGGUUUUUCUUGUCGUCCCUAUUAAGCAAACAACGUGAUUUCACAGAAAUAAAACGUGGAUGGUUGUGUCUAAAUCAUCCUGAAAUCUUGAAAAGGCCGGUUCGCCUUUGAACGCGGAGUAGGUUGCCAUAAUAUGACGUUCUGUGUACGAUGAUUUUCCCAAGAGAGACCUAGUAUGUGUCGAAUUCGUGGAAGUGAUACAGCGACGUACUCCAGCAAAGGCCACAUUGUACAGUACUAAAU